CCGCAACAAUGUUGUGACGUAGCAGCGUGGCACAACAGUAUCCACUGGUAUAUAAGCCCGUGUCAUCCCCCGGGUUUCUUCAGUCAUUUGUCUUGCUGCGUCAGGGAACGUACGGGCAAAUCUCAAAGCCUUCACCAAACUCAAAUUGAACGUUCCGCCUUGUUUACCAAACCAAUUUUCUCACCGUCUGAAAGUAACCUGAAACGUCUGAAAACCAUCCAAAGAUGUCUCUCCAUUUGAGCCAGUGCCGUCAGAACUACCACCAGGAUAGCGAGGCCGGCAUCAACCGUCAAAUCAACAUGGAGCUGUACGCCAGUUACUGCUACCAGUCAAUGGUGAGUUGUUUUUAUAAGUUGACCCGAGACAUUGUUAAGAUGUGUUAGCAGCAGAGGUGGCUUCAACUGGUGGAACCAGUCGAUGGUGAGUUGGUCUACAAGUCGACCCGAUACCUUGUCUAGUUGUGUUAGCAGCAGAGGUGGCUUCAACUGGUGGAACCAGUCGAUGGUGAGUUGGUCUACAAGUCGACCCGAUACCUUAUUAAGUUGUGUCGGUACGCCAGUCACAGUUACCAAUCGAUGGUGAGUUGGUCUACAAGUCGACCCAAUACCAUGUUAAGUUGUGUCGGUACGUCAGUCACAGUUACCAAUCGAUGGUGAGUUGGUCUACAAGUUAACCCAAUACCAUGUUAAGUUGUGUCGGUACGUCAGUCACAGUUACCAAUCGAUGGUGAGUUGGUCUAUAAGUUGAAAUGAUACAUUGUUAAAGUUGUAUUAGCAGCAAAGGCGAAUUCAACUGUUCGAACCAUGUUUUCAUCUGGCAGUGGAAAUACCGGUCACAGCCGGCCGUCUUAUUUUUUAAAUGUAUUAUUUCUUUUAUCCUCCCAAACCCUUAUAGUCCGGGUUACCGUAACCCACACGCAUGGACAUCUGCUACCGAGUACCACCAUUAGAUUCGGUAAAUUAAAAAAUUCAACCCAUCAUGGUGUAAUAUUUCCUUUGAUAAAUUAAUGUGCAUCAAUUUAUAAAAAUGCGACACGGACAUUCUGCAAAAGAAGGUGUCUCUUACAAUUGAGUUGCAUUAUGUUUUAAUUGCCCAUUCCCGCCCCCAGCCAACAACUGCAUGUCUUUCCAUUAUAGUUUUCUUUCUUUCUUUUUUUUUUUUUUUAAUCAGAAAGCGUUUUUAAGUCUUUUUAGCAAGAACUUAACCAUGUCAACUUAGCCAUGUCAACUUAACCAUGUCUGCCAUAAAACUUUGCCAUAGAAUGGAUGUACAAGAUGUUAAGGGUUACUGUAAAUUGACAAGUUCCUUAAAUAAAGACCAAUAGGAAACCAGGUUUUUAAGUGGCGACGACACCCGAUGAACACGCACCGCUUUCGAUCAACGCAGCAAGCCAGCAACCUAAACCACCUUGCCCUAUAACAAGCCAGCAACCUAAACCACCUUGCCCUAUAACAAGCCAGCAACCUAAACCACCUUGCCCUAUAACAAGCCAGCAACCUAAACCACCUUGCCCUAUAACAAGCCAGCAACCUAGACCACCUUGCCCUAUAACAUGCCAGCUAAGCACCGGCCUAGUUUCAGCUAACGCCCCUGUAGAAGGUAAUUAACCCAUUUCAAGCCACGUUGCUGUUUUAAAUGUUACAACAGGGCUUCUUCUUCGACCGUGAUGACGUCGCCCUGCCUGGAUUCUCAAAGUAUUUCAAGAACCUCUCACACGAAGAGAGGGAGCACGCAGAGAAGCUAAUGUCCUAUCAGAUCAAGAGAGGGGGACGCAUCGUCCUGCAGGACGUCAAGGUAAAAAUUUUUUUUUUAAAACUCAUUUAAAAACUCCAGUAAAUAAAAUGAUCUUUGGACAUUUGACCAGUCUUCCCGAUUAAGUUUUCGUUACAUUUUAAUAAAAGCUGAAACUUUGAUUUUUUUAAAAAUUCCAAUUGACAAUAUUCUCAGUUCACUAAAAUUAAGCCACGAACACCAAAUUUAAACUAUUAACAUUUCAUUGAAAUAGACUUUUGUACCCCCCAUUAAAACCCUAGGCAUGUGCCCAGUUUAAAAUACAAGGUGAACAACCCACCUCCUCUUUUUCACACACACUUUUACAAAAAUUUUUUUUUUUUUACCAAAUGCAACAUAUCACCUUACGGAAACCAAAUUGAAAAAUGUAUGGACUCAACACCCCUGAUAGAAAAUCGAAAAAACCAGAUGUCUUAAUUUUUAAUUUUUUUUUAUUACUUUCUUAAAACCGAAAUUGAACCCACUACUUGCCGUGCCUUUAAAAUAUUGAUACACGGUCUGAAUAGAAGUGUCUGCGUUGGGUUUUUUGCUUAUGCAUCGGACCUUUCAUGUCAGAUAUUUUUUUUAAAAUGUACAUGACAGCGGCGUAGCUAGGAGAGGGGGAGGGGGGUCCAAAUUCGAACGUCCCCCGAGCCCCUACUUGAGGGGGACCCCCAAAGGAGUGUCCGAAUUAUUUUUUUUUACAUUAAUGUCGAAUGUCAAAAUGCAGGGGCCCCUAAAGAGGCCAAGCCCCGGGGCCCCGAACCCUAGCUACGCCACUGGCACAUGAACUAUUAAUCACCGCUUUCUUAUUCCCACAGAAACCCGAGCGCGACGAGUGGGGCACUGGUCUGGACGCCAUGCAGGUCGCCCUGCAGCUGGAGAAGAGCGUCAACCAGUCCCUGCUGGACCUGCACAAGCUCUGCACCAGCCACGAGGAUGCUCAGGUCAGACUCUUCGAUUACCUCACGCUACGAUACUACUGUCACGUAAUUUUUUUGUGGGGUCUCUCAAUAAUUAAAGGUUUUCUCGUGGUUCGCUUUCAAGGUAUCGAUACCGAUUCUAAUCAAAUUGUAUCCUUUAUGAAAUCGAUCACUGUCAUCUAAUGAUAUAGCUGGAAUCGAUUUUUAAAUUUCAUUUCACGUAUUUGUUGAAAUACGAGUAGUGCAUUGACUAUGGUAUGUGGAUACUGCCAAAAACUGUUCGAAACACGAUUAAUUGAAAUGUAAGUGUCUGACUGAUGACUGAUGUAUGAAUUUGAGUCGGAUGAUUUGCGUGUUGAAUCUGAAUGACAAUAAAAUGCUUCUAGUCGAUAAAUUCAAAGCUGAAGCUUGCACUGUGUCUGUUCGCUCGACUUUCCUUUGUGUCCCAUAAUGUCAGCGUAUUUUGUGUGGAGACUUCGGUAUAAAACCAAAUGCUAACCUGAGUAAGCCAUGAAGUUCAGACCAUUCUAUGCACAAGAUUUGCGCAAUUAGUCUCUAUCACUCCCAUGGUUGUAUUUUUAUGUCCUUAACAGUUAAUUGAGAUAUUUCGAUUUCAUGUAAAUGGAUUUUUUAAAAAAAAAUUGAAAAAUUUUGACCCGAAAAAAAAAUGCACACCAAAAUUUUGAAGAAAGACCACCUUCUAUCAACCCUCUCAGUUAUACAUGUUGGUUAACAACUUAUGGUGUGUUCAAAUGACAAUGAUAAAAUGUCCACACUUUGCAAAUUCUUCGUAUACUAUAUCAUUAGCACCCGCCCGUCUCUUGCAUAUCUCUUAAUUUUUUUAUAUAUUUUUUUUUGUGUUCUGGAUUUCUCUGCUUUUGUAUUGUUGCGGGGGAGGGAAUGCUUUUAGCGGAAACGUCUACUUUAUUGUCUUGUACUGUCAUCCAGCUUCAAUAUAUCUGACUCUCAUCCUAUGGGUCGCGACCCCUUUCGGGGUCGAACUAACUUUACACAAGGGUCACCUAAGAAUAUCGAAAAACACACAUUUAUAUGAAGUAGCAACGAAAAUAAUUUUAUGGUGGGGGGGGGAUCACCACAACAUGGGGAACUGUAUUAAAUGGUCGUGGCAUUAGGAAGGUUGAGAACCACUGCUCUAAACAGCAUUAGCUUUUCACGGAGCUUAAACCUCAGCGUGUCUGAACCAUAUUUUUUUUCCCCCCUCCCUAAUUAAAGAUGGCCGACUUCCUGGAGUGCGAAUACCUGGAGGAGCAGGUCAAGUCCAUCAAGGAGAUCAGUGGACACAUCACCAACCUGAAACGUGUCGGGCCUGGGCUGGGCGAGUACAUGUUCGACAAGGAGACCCUGAGUUAAAAGAUCGCUGGUCAGGCGUCCACACGGAAGAAUUCGGACAGGCGCGUCACGGACUGCCCAUAUUUUGAUUUGAUGCUUCAUGCCGAUAUGUCACGUGGUCUAAAGACAAUUUUUUAAAAUAUAUAUAUAUAUUUAAAAAAAGGAGUCCAAUGAAGUAAAGAAGAGCAACAAAAUAUGAUUAUAUUCUCAAAGACUUAAUUUAAUGGUAAUGUCAUUAUUGUAUAGUAGAAAGUAGUUGGGGGGGGGGGGUAUUGAGGUGAAUUUAUUCAACUUUUAAUUGGCCAGUGCAGUAUUAUAACUAUUAUUUUAAGCCAUUAGAGAUCUACAUAUUAUUUUUUCUGUUUUUUUUUAUUUUUUUUGAUGCAUUUAUGAAAGCCAUUCUGUUUAUUCAAGCCACUGUUGAUGUUGUUUUUUCAAGAGGCUGAAGCACAAAGCAAAUAAAUAUAUAAAACUGCAGC